AUGAGCUUGGUCACCGACUACAUACAGCCACAGAAGUCUACACCUGCCUACAUUGCCACGCUAAACAGCUUCCACUGUGCAUUACGCUGCGGGAUAACAAUGGAGAGGAUAAGGCGAUAUCCAUCAAAUCAGCAUCGGUUUGCUUUAUAUUUUUUCUUCAUGCUGAUCGUCGGAAAGCAGGCAUCGGCUGAACUGAGGUACUCGAUUCCCGAGGAGAUGAGAGAAGGAAGCGUUGUUGGAAACGUAGCAAAGGAUCUUGGUCUGGAUAAAAGCUCUUUGGUUGAUUGGCGGUUCCGUGUUGUGUCUGAAUCUAAGGACGCCUUUUUCGAGGUAAAUCCGGACAAUGGGGCUUUACAGGUUCUUAAGAAAAUCGACAGGGAGGAGCUUUGUCAGGGAAGCGGUGCAUGUUUAAUAGAGCUGAAAAUCCUCGUUGAUAACCCUUUGGAAAUACAUUACGUACUUGUAGAAAUCACUGACGUGAAUGAUCACUCCCCUGUUUUUUCCGAAAAGGUGCAGAAAUUUGAAAUAGCAGAGCAUUCCUCUCCGGGAUCGAGAUUCGAACUUCACGCGGCCCGUGAUCCCGAUGCUGGAAUUAACUCUAUUCGCACAUACACAUUAACGACAAACGAUCACUUUGGAAUAGACAUUAGUAGCAGCGAUGAUGAUAAGAUACCAUUUUUAUUGCUGAAGAAGUCAUUAGAUAGAGAACGGAAGGAUAAACACGUGUUAUUUGUAACAGCAGUUGACGGAGGUAAACCUCCGAGAUCAGGCACACUGAAUGUUUCCAUUAUUGUUUUAGAUAUUAAUGACAAUCGUCCAAUGUUUAGUCAGGAGACUUAUCAAGUAGAAAUAUAUGAAAACGCUCAAGUUGGAACGACCGUUAUAAAAGUUAAUGCAACAGAUCCAGACGAAGGUAGUAAUGGGGAAAUCGAGUACAGCUUCAGCAAAACAAUGGCACGUAAAAUAUACGAGAUAUUUGAACUGGAUAGUUUCAGCGGACAAAUUAAAUUGAAAGGUGAACUUGAUUUUGAGGAAUCAGAGAUUUACAAACUAGAUGUUCAAGCCUCAGAUAAAUCAACCCCACCAUUAACAAGCAGAUGUAGAGUUAUUGUAAAGAUUAAAGACGUAAACGACAAUCCACCAAAAAUAGAAGUGACAUCACUUUCGAAUACAGUGUCUGAAGAUUCAAAACCUGGAACAGUUAUUUCACUUAUCACUGUGCGGGAUAAAGACUCUGGUAUCAAUGGAAAAGUUAUUUUAAGUAUAACAAACGAAGCUCCAUUUGAACUAAAACCUUCUUAUAAGGAAAACACAUAUUCAGUUACCACUAAACAAUUUUUGGACCGAGAGGAGGUGUCAAAUUAUGAUAUCACAAUAAAAGCUACCGACUGUGGUGAACCUCCCUUAUCAACUUUUAAAACUCUAAACUUUCAGAUAUCAGAUGUUAAUGACAACAGUCCACAAUUCUCCCGAAAUCCGAUACAGUUUUAUCUCUCAGAAAAUAACAUUGCUGCAAAGUCGAUUUUCUCUGUGAGCGCAACGGACAGUGAUUUAAAUAACAACGCAGCUGUUUCAUAUCAUAUUGUCAGAAAGGGGAGUAAAAAUGACAUAAUGUCUUUUCUAAAUAUUAACUCAGAGAACGGUGACAUCACUGCCCUAAAAAGUUUCGACUUUGAAACGGUGAAAACUUUCCAGUUCCACGUUGUUGCGUCAGAUUCUGGAUUUCCUUCACUGAGCAGCAACGUCACAGUGAACGUGUUCAUUCUGGAUCAGAACGACAACGCUCCAGUCAUCCUGUAUCCAGUCAGCUCCAACGGUUCUGCUGAAGGUGUGGAGGAGAUUCCCCGCAAUGUGAACGCAGGACACUUGGUGACUAAAGUCAGAGCCUAUGACGCUGAUAUAGGAUAUAACGGCUGGUUACUGUUUUCACUGCAGGAAGUUACUGACCACAGUCUCUUUGGCUUGGACCGCUAUACAGGACAGAUCAGAACACUUCGCUCAUUCACAGAGAAAGACGAGGCUGAGCACAAACUGCUCAUACUGGUCAAAGACAAUGGGAACGUGUCACUCUCAGCAACAGCUACUGUCAUCGUCAAAGUCGUGGAGCCCAAAGAAGCUUUUGCAGCUUCUGAUGUGAAAAGCUCAUCAAAAGCAGAAAAGGACAGUAAUGUGACUUUUUACCUGAUGAUAACUGUGGGUUCAGUUUCAGCUCUUUUCCUCGUCAGUAUCAUCGUGCUGAUUUCAAUGCAGUGCUCAAAGUCCACAGACUAUACUUCUAAAUAUUUGCCAGAGCCUAAUUAUGACGGGACACUGUGUCACAGCAUCCAGUACAGAUCUGGAGACAAACGCUACAUGUUAGUUGGACCCAGGAUGAGUAUAGGAUCUACUAUAGCCCCAGGAAGCCAUGCCAACACACUAAUGCUGCCUGACAGGAGAGGGACAUCUGGAGAGGUAAGCUGGAUGACUUUUGCUUGA